AUCUCCCCUAAUUACCGCCCAAGCCCCCUCCAGACACCUUUGACCCCUGACCCUGCCGAACUAUCCCAGACAGGAGCCACGCCCGCCCUCCCGCCUCGCGCCUAACCGCCGCCCCCAGCCGCGCGCUCGCAGCCCCCGAGAGAGCCGGGGCCGCGCGCAGCAGCCCGCACCCGCAAGCUCUCGCGAGGCCGCGGCGGCGCCGUUGCUGUGGUUCCCUCGGCUGGGGCGGUGCUAGCGUUGGCGCCGCGGCCCGGCCCGGAUGUUGUUGUUUCUCCCCCUCCCCGGAUAAUGACGGGCGCUUCCUGCCCCUGAGCCGCAACGACGCCGGCUCAGCCUCGCCGGGGGACCCCGGCCGCCUGCCCGCUCCUUUCCGCACACAGCGCGGCCCGGCCAUGGCGGAUUUCGACGAGAUCUACGAGGAGGAGGAGGACGAGGAGCGGGCGCUGGAGGAGCAGCUGCUGAAAUACUCGCCCGACCCGGUGGUGGUGCGCGGCUCUGGCCAUGUCACCGUAUUUGGACUGAGCAACAAAUUUGAAGCAGAAUUCCCUUCUUCUUUAACUGGAAAGGUUGCACCUGAGGAAUUUAAAGCCAGCAUCAGCAGAGUUAACAGUUGUCUUAAGAAGAACCUUCCAAUUAAUGUUCGAUGGCUACUUUGUGGCUGCCUUUGUUGCUGCUGUACAUUAGGUUGUAGUAUGUGGCCAGUUAUUUGCCUCAGUAAAAGAACACGAAGAUCGAUUGAGAAGUUAUUAGAAUGGGAAAACAAUAGGUUAUACCACAAGCUGUGCUUGCAUUGGAGACUGAGCAAAAGGAAAUGUGAAACGAAUAACAUGAUGGAAUAUGUCAUUCUGAUAGAAUUUUUACCAAAGACACCGAUUUUUCGACCAGAUUAGCAUUUGCUUUAUUUAUAGAGACUUAUCCAAGUAUGUUGUCUUUCCAAUGGUGCCUUGCUUGGUGCUCUCCUGGUGGUGAUAUAGCAUUGGUUCUACAGAUUAUUGUGGUGUUUUUUGUUCUUUGUUUUUUAAUAACAGCAUGUUCUAAGUGCAUUUUGUCAAAAUUUGCAAAAGUCAUUUCAUGCAAAUGUUAAGUACUACUUAAGUUAUUACUUGUACUUAUUAUGUUUGUUAAUGUAUCUUGAUUUUCAGAGUCUUUUAUAUGUGUGUAUAUAUACAUAACAUAAAUAUACAGCUGAAAAUAGCGUACAAGCGAGCAGAUUUUUUUUAACCCAUAAUACCCAUAAUGAGUUGACUGUAAAUUGUGGAAGUUCUUUUAAUCUUUUACCUGUUUACCAAGUAACUUCUAUGACCCUCUCCAGAUUUUGCCCGUGACAUGCUAGUUGUAUGUUCUCCCCCCCCUUUUGGGGGGGAGGAGAGGAGGGACGAAGGGAAUAUCAGCCAGCCACCUCUACUGGGAUAAUAAGCAGUGCUUGUUUGAAACUGUCCAUUUUGGAACCCAAAUGUCAAUGCACCAUUAGAAGUCUCUGUGCUCUUUUGUGAAGAAAUCUAUCAGCUGGUUCUGAAGAAGUUCUACCUUAAAGGUUAAUAAACCAGAAUUCAAAGUAUUUUACUCAGACUAGAAAAAUCAUGGAAAGGUUUGCAUGCAUCUAAUGAUUACUAGAGCUCAGGAUCACAAAAAUACAUUAGUAUUGCAACUUAUAAUGUAUAUAUCUUAAUUCAGGUUAAUGCCAUGUAACAGCUUUACUCUUUACUUCUUAUUGUUUACCAGAUCCUGUACACAAGGGUGCAAAAAUAUUUGUUUCAGUAAAUUUAUUGUCCCAAGAAAAUCUUUUUUGGGUUUUUUAGGGGUUUUUUUAAAUGCAUUUAUAACCUCACACAGGCAGUUGUUUGAGAGAAAUCUUGAAAAAUACAGUUCCAGACACACAUGCAGACGGAUGCCAUGUAUCACAAAAUUAGUCAAAGCAGGGUACACUGGACAAUAGUGAGAACUUAAGAAAUGUAUUGGAUAAAUAUUUAUUGCACCCUGAUUUCUUCCCAUUUAGGUUUACAAGGUUUAUUUUCUGCACAAAUAUGAUUUAAAAAAAACCUGGAUAUGUGAUGUAUGCUUGGGUCAGGCCAGUUCUAUUUCAUUCUGUUACUUAUCUCACUUUGUUGUACAUAUCUUCAUAUAUGUUUGUUUUUAAUAGCUACUCAGUAAUCUUAUUUUUUAGUUUGUUCUUUGUAUGUCUGAAAUUACCGUACAUGAACAUUAAUGUAUGCUAAGAAACUGUUCCUCAUACAUCUGUGGUAGCAAGCAAUAAUGUGAAUUACUAUGACAAACAAAUAUACUCUGCUUAAUAUUCGUAUGAAUGAAAAGUUGAUAUGAAUACCUUUCUUUUUUUACUCUUUUUAAUACAAGUUUCAUUUCUCAUUAAUAUAUACAAGUACCUGGAUGUUAUGAACUAUUUUUGUAUACUUAUUCUCUAUAAAUCUUCACUAGUGAA